AUGCCAAGGAACAGAUAUAUAUGUCGUUGGAAAACCUGUCGACAAUUAUUUGAUAAUGUCGAAUCUUUAUUUGAACAUUUAUCUGAUGACCAUGUAGGACGUCGAUCUACUAAUAAUUUAUGUUUGACUUGUUACUGGAACGAAUGUGGUGCCACUGCUGCUAAACGAGACCAUCUUACAAGUCAUCUCAAAGUACAUCUUCCUUUCAAACCUCAUAUCUGUGUGCAAUGUAGAAAACCUUUUAAACGACCUCAAGAUCUAAAAAAACAUGAAAAAACUCAUACUAUUGAGCAUCAAGGUAUCCUCCUAUUUUUAUUUUAUUGGAAAUCUCUUGGCACUAAACAUUAUUUAUCCUUAUCUAGCUUCGUUGAUCAGUAA